CGACAUCAGAUCUUCAGUGCUGGUGAGGCGGAGGUCGACAGACACUAAACAAUGCAUCAAGCUCUAUCGAUAACUGAGAUCCUCAGCCUGAUUUUCUCGGAGCUUCAGUCAAGUGCAUAUCGUUUGUCAAAAGCAGAUAACUGCCGCAACGCUCGUGUUUGCAGGACUUGGUCGGAGAUAGCUCUGGGUGAGGUGUGGCGUGUAGUGGACCUAGGCCAAGUCUUCCGUUCGCUCGCACCUAUGAGCCUUGAGAACGAUAGCAUCGUACACCAUCGUAAAUUACUGACCGGUCGAAAUCAAUGACUGGAGGCGAUUUCUCGAGAACACACAACGUGUUCGUCACAUCAUAGACCCCGCCUUCAUAAGCUGCCCCACGAUUUCUCAGGCAGCACUACAAGAGAUUCUAUCGACCCGACCAAACGCACAGAUAUUCCCAAACCUUCGCUCCAUGCGCGGCCU